AUGGCCAGCAGCCUCCCCCUCAAGAGGCUUUCAGGCCCAGAGGCGACGCCGCUAAAGCACAACCACAACAACAACAACAACAACAACAUCUCCAGGGAAAUCAGCAGCAGGCGGCGGGCGCAUCGGCCAAGCCUGCAAGCGACCCAGCGGCGUCUCCGGUUCGUCGGAGACGACCACCUGUCAUCGCUAGAGCAGAACCUGACCUCCCUCGCGUACAAGAAUAGCAUGGUCAUCGAGAAGAUGGACCAAAAGCCCCCGUUCAGUGCGUCGAUCGAGCAAUGGCCGCAAGCCGGGCAGGGGCAACAGCAAGAGCAGGGGGUGACGGGCGGGAACCCCGGGAAGGACUCGGCCUCUUCUCUCAACGGGUCUCAGAUGUCCGCUAUGGACGUGGGAGCAAACAGCAGCAGCAGCACCGGCACCCCUUCGGACGUCGCCGCCGGUGCCCCGCCCGCGGGUGGCGGGCCUGCUGCGGCCGGUACGGGGGAAGGAAAGGAGAAAACGGGCCGAGAUGGGGGUGCUGCUUUGAACGACGACCACCCGUUCGAGCAUUUCAUCGCUAACUUUCUGGAUCAGGUUCCCUUCGAAGCCGUGGAUGUAUGGGUGCCGCUCUGCGAUCGAGAUCAAGAGGGCAGUGACGUGGUGCUAUUCCACGCCGGCUACUUCACCAACGUGAAGGAGUUGGACGAGUGGGGGGAUUAUUCGACAAAUUUCUCUUUCCGGCAGGGGCAGGGCAUCCCCGGGAGGGUUUUCGGGUCGAACCAGAGCGAGUUUCAUGAGAACGUGGUCAACCUCGACUUGUCCAUGUUUCUUCGCCUCAACGGGGCACGGAAGAUUGGAAUCGGUACUUCUUUCGCCUUGCCGGUGGUCAGCCGCUGGGGGGUAACGUUCGUGAUAGUCUUCUACACCCGCGCCACUAUACAGGGCGAGAAGCGCGAAAGCGCCUUCAAGUCUGUGGCGUACGGAGUUCGCGAGGUGUAG